GUGCCAUCUGUUUUUUUCUCCCAGAAAAUGUACCAUUUCAAUUUGUUUCAAGCUGAGAAAAAAUAACCAGGUGAUUUUCAACUUUUUUUUAGGAACAAAAAAUGGAUGUGCUGAGCCACUUAUAUGUAAGGUCCGGCCUCUCCUCCUUGCUCAAGAAAGUGAAGACCCUUGAAACUUCAGCAUUUCAGAAGGAACCUUUUAUUGAACAGAAGUGAUAGCAGGACAAAGGAAAGCAGAUUCUGAGGUUUCCUCAGGCCAUACAAUUAGGAUAAAGGAAUUAGAAACCACUUCCUUAGGUCCAUGUGGAUUGGCCAAUCUGCAGGUGUGGAGAUGUUAUUGUAACUGCUUUCCUGAGAAUUUGAUAAGCGCUUGUUCUCUGGGUCAUCUUCUGCAGGCUUCAGAAUGACACGAACCACAUGGCCCUCCCUCCCCACACAUUCCGCAAAAGGUGAGAAAAUCCCAGGGCAGCUAGGUGCUAGGACAAGUGAAAGGUUGAAAGGAAGAAAGCAAUAACUGACGAAUUCAUCCAUUGCCCCAGAAGAAUGACAGUAUCGUGUUAGGGAUCUGACAGAUAGCCUUUAAUCCCGCUCAUUUAAUUUAAAAAACAAUAGAAAAGGGGAAUAGGGCCUUAUUUUAAAAAUUCUAGCCCAACUUCUACAAUGACAUUGUAACAUUAUCUCUACCUUUUGGGGUCUUUGUCAGUUGACCAGAGAGAAAUUGAUUUUGAUUGUUUGUACGUAUGUCAAAUGGAUAUGGACUUUGAACAAACACAUAAACAUUCUAGGACAAAGAGAAGCUACCCGCUGCAAAAAGUUGGUUCUGUGGUGUUCCUCCAGGAUCAAAGACAGUGUAUCUGAAAGUAACAAUUUCAAGGUCGUAAUGGUGGUGGUGGUGGUGGCUAUUGCUUCUCCUGUCCUGCUUCUGGGCUUCCUUGAUGGUUACUGUAGGAAUAUGUGCCUGAAUUAAAAAGUGCAGUAUUUAAUUUGAUUUAAGAGCUUUUUUUCUCAGGUUUUAAAAAUUAAAGAUGUCUGUUAUGUACCAAAGGAGAAGGAGAAGGAGAAGAAGAAAGCCCAGACAAAGCAUGCAUCUCCUUUGCGAUCAAGAAAAUAAUUUAUACAUUCAGAGGAAGCCACCUGGUAUUAUCCAGAGAUGGUAUUCUGCCAGUUUGCACUGGUUUGGGCAAACCAGUAGUGGUGGCGGCGUGAGGCCCCGCCCACCUACCCAGACAUCAUCACGGAUCUUCUGCACGCACACUCCUGCUACUGAACCGGUAGUGAAGAAAAGAGGAUACCAUUACUGGUAUUAUCGCAUGUAUCUAGUUCAGUUUUGUCAACUCUGACUAGCAAGACCUCUUCAGGAUGUCAGGAUUGCUGCUGCAUUGGUCUGAGCUGGUCAUCUCCUAGCAAGCAGAUCUACUUCCAAGAUGAAAAAGUAGUAUUAGAAGGGGACAUGGGAGGGUUUACAAAAAUGGAGAAAUUUCUGGAUGUAUCAUCUGAAAAGGAACUUUGGAGAAAGCCUGAUACUAGGAGGGAGAAGCAGUUUGGCCUGGAAUAAGCAGUAGAAUGCUUUUCCCUGUAUGACAUCAGUGCUAUUGUUUAUACCAAAUCCACGCAUAGAAUUAUUUUGCCCAUGAUUGCUGAACUUUACAAUUUAAUAAUAGCAAUUGAGCAGAGAGAAAUUACCCAUGAAGCUUUUGCCAAUUUAGAGACAACUGCAGAAGAAUUAGUAAAAGCUACAGAAGAACUUGGCUGUAUUGCUAGAAGGCUGGCUGAAGAAUCUGAUGAUGAGGUCCUUGAGAAGGAGAUGGUGCCUGCAACUCAAACUCUCCUGAUAUCAGGGAAAAACAUCCUUCUUGCUGUUCAGAAGCUUAUCAUUCAACCCAAUGCUUGUAGUUCUGUAGAAGAAUUGGCUGUUUCUGCAAAAAGGAUACUUGUGGGAACCAUAAAAGUUCUCUGGGCACAAGAGGAUUCUACCAUCAGGCGGAUAAUCCAAGCUGCUCGUUGGCUAUUUGAUUGCCUGCUGAUGCUGGACUCUGCUAAAGAUGUAUCAGCGGUGCUAAGUGCUUCUCGCCCCUUUUCAGAGGCUCUCCUGUUACUCACCAAUCUGAUGGAAAAACUCCUUUGGGAUCUUAAAGAAUCUUUGCAGCGGAAACAUUUAGCUCAAACCCUGCAGACCCUUAAAAACAGCAUCCCUAUGUUGUUCACAGCAAAAGUCAGCCAGCUUCAGUAUCCCCAGGAGCAGCAAAUGAACCUCUCAAAAAAUUAUAUUUUUGAUUUAGCAAAAAAUAGUGUAAAAAUAUUGAUAUCCUUGUUGAAGAGCAGCAUAGGAAGAACAAAAAAAUUGCAUGAAAGGUAUGGCCUUUUCCCCCAGCAUUUGCAUCAAUUUCUAGGCCUUGUGUCUAGCCCACAGCCAAUUCAUCUACGUGAAGAUAAAUUAAACUUACCUGUAGAAGUUCUAAUUUUCUAUUGCAUGCUGUUUGCUGAUUCAUCAAGAGCAACUCUAAAGCAAGAGCUAAUUCAACUUUGCCGUCAUUUACUGAAAUUCAGAAAAGUGAUUGUCGUGGAUGAAAGCACAUUUAAUGGCUUUCCAAAAGAAAAUAUAAAAGAGGAAUGUUUUGCCAUGAAAACCGAACUGGAACAUCUUAAUCAAGUAAUAGGUUCUGCUGUUAUCUAUCAGAUUUUGGAUAGUUUGGUUGACAUUAAAGGCCCCAUGAGGAGACUGAUAGAAGCUGCUGUGGAGCCAUGUUCUCAUGUUGGAAAGGAAGGCCGCCUAAGAAAAUUGAAACCUUUGAUUACCACAUUCUUCAGCCAUUCCACGCAGAUGCUUAAAGCAGCCAAUUUGAUUCUUGUUACAUGCACUGAAAGGGAAACUGUUGAAGAUAUUGAACAGUGUAUAGACCAAUUUAAUAGACUUCUUGCCACAGUGCCUGGUCUCCUGAGUGAACUGAGCCUUUUUCCAGGAAAUGGUGAUGUGUCUAAAAAAUUAAACUUCUUGUCUCAAAUAUGGUCAAGCACAGCAGAAAGUUUGAUGAUGUGUUUGGACAAAAUACUUGAUUUGCAUGAAUUCCUUGAUGCAUCUGUUCAAGAGAUGGUGAGACACAAAGAGGCAAGUGAAAAAGCUUUAGAUAUGCAGCACUUCAAACAUUUUUUUUGGCACACGUCUAGAUUGUGCAGACAAGCAACACAGAUAGUUGAGUUUACUAGUAGGUUUGGGGCCCAAGCCAGAGAUCCCAUUUUCCGGAAUGGGCUCUUGGUUUUAAUUAAACAACUGAAAAAUGCCAUAACACAGGCAGAACUUAGCAUAAAUUGGUGUAUGGCAAGAAUGACCAGUCUGCAAGCUAAAGAAGAAUAUUCAAAGAGGACAAGGGAAUUGAUAGAGUUUGCUUGUAAUGUCCAAAAGGGGCUAGAUGAAUGUAAUCAGCCAGAUAUUCUUAGUCCACUUCGGGAUGGUGUCCAUGAUUUCAAUAUUUCCAUAGAUAUUCCAAAUGCCCUUACUUCACAGGAUCCUAUGGAAUUUAGUACACAAAGUUUCAUAAAACAAAAUAGUUCAGAUAAUGCAGAAUUGCUGGUUGGCUCUUUGGACAAAUUUAAACCAUCCUAUUGUCCUCCUCCAAAAUUUCCCAGAAGAAAUAUUAUAUACCAGAAAGAUGCAGUCAGAAGAGUUGAUUUACACCCACUGAUUAGAGAGCUGACAAUAGCAACAAGUAUACAUGAUGCUAUACGCCUGAAUGAUACUUGUGCUGAUUUGCUGGAGCUUGCUAACUGUUGUAUUGAUGCAGCCAAAGAAGCCUUACAGAUUGUUGAGUCACCUAUGUCUGAUAAACUAUUGCAUUAUAAAGAAAUAGUGGGGUUAAUCCCUCAUUUUAUUGGAUUAGCUAGAGAAGUAGAGGUAAACCCUGUUCUCAAUUCAGAGCAACUGCUGCAAACAGCUAUUUUGCUUUCUGAGAAGAUUGACGAGACAAAGCACAGUCUGACUUUUGUUGUAAGUUCUUGGUACAGGCUGGCAAGGCAGUUAAUUGGCUUUAUGCCUCCAUGUAGUUCUCAUGAUGAAAUCCAAAGUUUCGAUGAGAUCAUGGAGAUUUUAGAGACGCUGGUUCAGUUAAUUAGCAAAGUGGUCCAUUCAGAUGACAGAAAAUUGGUCCCCGAGUGUUCCAGCCUUCGGGAAAUUUUCCUGCGAGUUCAAACUAAGUUCACUUGUGUACAAACUAGAACAAAAUACCUCCUUGAAAAAGCACAGGAUAUUAGUAAAUCUCACCCUGAUUUCGCUAAACAGGACAGAUUGGAUGCAAGUUGCAUUCUGUGGUCUGUUACCAUCCAAGCAUUGUUAAAUAUUGUAGAUCAGUUUAUAGGAAGAGAUGUAUUGGCCUUAAAAGAGUUACAAACUAAAAUGAAAUACCGGCUUUGCUUGCAGAGCACGCUGACAACAGUAUCUGAAAAUUCUGUUAGAAUACAGGAAGCUGCUAAGUUGUCAAUUAUGUUAUGUGCUAGACAAAGUAUUGAGCAUGAGAUCCCAUCUCAAACAGAACAGAUCAAAAUAUUGACAGAAUCUCUGCUUCAAGUUGCAAAUGCUCUGGCAGUCUCUCCAAUAGCUGCUCCCAGUGUAUUGGUUCAGUUUGAGGUUCUCCAAAGAAAACUUGCUCUAACAACCAAAGCCGUCUUGCUUCAAUUGAAUGGACUCAAUGGAGAAUACUUGAGCAGCAUCCAGAGUGUUGUCAGAUUAAGCCAAUUUAUAUCACAUGGCACUGGAAGUAACAGUGACCUCAUCCCAAAGGAGACCUUUGGAAGAAAGGCAGCCUUCCUCAAAGCAAAUAUCCAAAACGUGGACAAAGUCAUCCGGGAUGCACUGGAGGAGCCAUCCAAAUUUCUAAAGCCGAAAGAGAAUUUACUCGCCACUACAGAGAAUCUUCUCCUCCUUACGGAUGAAAUUAUGGGACUAGUUGGACAAUUCCACAGCCAACUAGACCAGCGUCAUCAUCUGGUAGAUAGUCUUCUGUAUGAGUGGUCUGCCAAAGCUGGGUACCUUGUGAGACAGCUUCAGUCCACGAAGGGCAUCAGUGAAACAGUUCUGCAAGUCGUUAGAAGGUGCUUACAAAAUGAUGAGGAACAUAUUUAUUCCAUCCAGCCUUCCUCGUUGAAGAAAGAAGAUUGCACGCAGCAUCAGAACACCCCGUCCCCAGGACACAAAGCCAUCAAGGCUGGAGAAGGAUUUUUUUCUGCCAGUGACAAAAUUACCAUGUAUUGGGAAGAUCUUCCAAAUGAUUUCCAGCCUAGUCAUCCUGAAUACAGUUUGAGAUCCAGUCCAACUUCCUCACUGGGAGACUCGGAGAACCAUGGCUGUCUUAUUCCACAAAUAAUCGAGGAAAUUAGAAUUCAAGUGUCAUACAUGGCCCAGUUUCUAAAAAGGAAAGGGCCAAUCAUGACGAAAGAAGGAGUCAUUGCCACUGCUAUUCAAGUUAUUGCUGGAGGGGAAGCACUGGUGAAAUUUGCUGUCAGAAUUUCAAAGGAUUGCUUAGAUGAAAGAUGUGCAGCUGAACUGCUGUGUGCCUUGGAGAAAACAAAAACAAUUAACUAUCAGCUUAGCAUCAUUACCCGGGUAAUUGCAUCAACAGGUAGCAGUAGGUCGUCUGUAGAACACCUUGUAAGCAAUGCUCAAAAUCUCUUCCAGGGAGUUCUUCAAAUGCUUAUGGCAGCAGAAGCAGCUUGUGUCAAAGGUUUGCAAAACCCAUCUCCUGAUAUAGAAGAAUCAAAUACAGCUGCAUUUUGCACCCAAUGGAGGAAGAGUCUUCAUUCGUAUGGGACCAAGGAAAGUUUGAAUUCAGACAAAGAGGAGUUGGGUCUCUGCAAAACAGGACUGUGAUCCAGUCCUCUUUCACCUCUGUGACCUUGGAACUUUAUUAUAAUAGUAAAAAUCCAGUCCCUCUAAAUACAAGUAGUCCUCACUUAGCAACUGCUUCAUUCAGCAAUCGUUCAAAAUUAUAACGAUGCUGAAAAAAUGACUUUACAACCAAUGCCCACAUUUAUAACCUUUGCAGCGUCCCUCAGUCACAUGAUUGCCAUUGUAGCCACAACAUGUUGUCUCUGUCCUGACCCAUUGUUUUUCAAUAGGAAGCAAUAGGAAAUAUUUAUUUUAUUUUUUAUUUAUUAUUAAAUUUAGUCGCCUAUUCGCCCAUGGGGAC